AUGCAACGCUCUCCGAGUUACAAUUCCUUGGCUAUGCCCUCCCAUGUUCAUUCAAACAACACACCCGUGGUCAUGUCCCACACUCAAGCACCAAGCCACCACUACACUAACUCGUCACCUGUUGUGGCAUAUCCCUCAGAGCACAUGACUUACUCCAAGUCUCCCCAUGCUGUGGCUCAGGUCCCUUACACCGGGGAUGAUGUGGGCACGGGAUCGUUCGUUGUGUCCAAUUCGCUGCCUCGUCCUACUUACAUAAGCCCUGGAACUGGGAUCGUGCAUGUCAUGCCCGUGGCCUACGGACAGAAGACACAAGUGCGGCAAGAGUUUCUGCCUGUCAGCACAGUGGCGAAUGCCCUCCCUACGCAGACCUUUAAGACUCAGGUGCUCGAAUCGAACGUGGAUCCGCUGUUUUCGGCCCAAAUAGUCGACCUCUUACACAGCGUUGACGAGCGCAACCUCACGCCUCUCAUGAAAGCAGUUGUACGUAACGAUGUUCCCCAGGUCAAGGAGCUUCUCAAAACGGAAGCAGGGCUCUGCAUUGAAAACGGUGUCACUGCUCUGAUGAUCGCCGCCCACCUGGGCCACAUCGACUGCGUAAAACUUUUGUUACAAAAAGAAGCAGGCAUGCGGCAGAACGAUGGGACGACAGCUCUCAUGGAAGCGGUGAUGAAGGGACACUCUAACAUCGUCUCCCUACUCAUCAAGUCAGAGGGCGGGAUACGUAGAGACGAUGGAUUCAGCUCCCUGAUGAUUUGCGCACAGUACAAUUACGUAGAGAUAGGCCGCAAGCUGUUGCCCAUCGAAGCACGGCUCCAGACAGACCUGGGCGUUACUGCCCUCAUGAUUGCGGCUGAAAACGACGCCGACGAUAUGGUGAUCCUCCUUUCUGGAAAGGAGGCGGGCAUGAGGGCAAAUAACGGCUGGACCUGCUCCAUGAGCCUCGCUGCCAAGGGUAGGGUGGACCUGCUCAAGAAAGUUGCAUCUAAAGAGGCCGGGUUCACUAAGGAUGACGGCUGGACGUGUCUGAUGAGCGCGUGUGCGACCGACAACCUCGCCAUAGCAAAGAUGUUUAUUAAAGAGGCCGGGUUUACGAAGAGUGACGGAACGUGUGCGCUCAUGUGGGCUGCAAGCAAGGGCAACGAAGCUAUCUGCAAGCUUCUUUCCAAGGCAGAGGGCGACCUGGUGACACUGGCGGGCAAGAGUUCCAUUGACUUCGCUAUUGAGAACGGGCACAGCAAUCUGGUGAAGGCGAUCAAUCCUAAGGAAGCCGCAAGGCUAGAAAAGAAGGCUAAAAGCGCCGGAAAAUAA